CAGCUACUUCUCCCCCCCCCCUCACCCUGGGUGGAAGGAGGCGAUUCUUUUUUGAAAAGAACCGAUGGCUUCGGCUACAGAUCCACGCUUUGGACAGAAAGAAUCCGCAGAUCAGAACUUUGAUUACAUGUUCAAGAUCCUGAUCAUUGGGAACAGCAGUGUUGGGAAAACGUCAUUCCUGUUUCGAUAUGCUGAUGAUUCCUUCACUCCAGCAUUUGUCAGUACAGUUGGAAUUGACUUCAAAGUGAAGACUAUUUACAGGAAUGAAAAGAGGAUUAAGCUGCAGAUUUGGGACACAGCUGGUCAGGAGCGAUACAGAACCAUCACCACAGCUUAUUAUCGUGGUGCAAUGGGCUUUAUCUUGAUGUAUGACAUUACUAACGAAGAAUCCUUCAAUGCUGUCCAGGACUGGUCAACCCAAAUUAAGACCUACUCAUGGGACAAUGCUCAGGUCUUACUGGUUGGAAAUAAAUGUGACAUGGAGGAUGAGCGGGUAGUUUUAGCGGAGGGAGGGAAGCAGUUGGCUGAUCACCUAGGGUUUGAGUUCUUUGAAGCCAGCGCCAAGGACAACAUCAACGUCAAGCAAACGUUUGAGCGCCUGGUGGAUAUCAUCUGCGAAAAGAUGUCGGAGAGCUUAGACACAGCAGACCCUGCUGUGACUGGGACCAAGCAGGGGACACAGCUGAAUGAGCAGCCGGCACCCCCUCACCAGGACUGUGGCUGUUAGACACACACCCCAGGAAACAAGCCCCAACACCUCCCUUUAUUUCAUGUUUCCCUCUUUAUCUCUGUGUCUCUGUCUAUUACCCCCCCCCCCCCACCCACCCCUUCCCCACCACCUUCCAGCCCUACCC